CAGAUUGGGCAAGUGUCGCAAGUGAAAAUGUCGCUGGCCAAGUUCUUAACAUUGUUUCUUAUCAGCAGCGCUCUGCUGCUAAUUGCAAACGGAAGGCCGCUGGACGACUUUAGCAUUGAAGAUGAUCGCAUGAAUGAGAUAGGAAAAGACUUUGGCAGAAAAUGGAUAAUGCCAAAUUUGGAGCGUAUUUUCAGCAGUGCCGAAACGCAGACGACAGGGAAACGCACCGAAAAAAACACAAAUAGCAUUGAACCAAGUGAAAAAGAGACCACAACGAGUUCCAAGCAUGCCCAUGGCAUGAUCACGUCCAUGAUGAGCUUUAUCAGUAGUGUUGUUAACUUUGGCCGAACUAUGAUACGUAAUGAAUAAAAUAAAAAAUAUUUUUAAAUUCUGCA